CCCGCCUUCUCAAAUCCCCCAUCGCGCCCAAAUCUCUCCGCACCUCCAACCCACUAGCCGCAAUGGACGCCUCCGCCGCCGGCGCCAUCUCCAAGGCGAAGAAGUACGUGGUGGGGCGCAAGCUCGGCGGCGGCCCCAGGAAGAAGGCGGUGGCGCGGUCCGUCAAGGCCGGGCUGCAGUUCCCCGUCGGCCGCAUCGGACGCUUCCUCAAGAAGGGCCGCUACGCGCAGCGGGUCGGCAUGGGCGCCCCCGUCUACCUCGCCUCCGUCCUCGAGUACCUCGCCGCCGAGCUUCUUGAACUGGCCGGGAACGCCGCCAAGGACAACAAGAAGUCCCGCAUCAUCCCGCGCCACCUGCUGCUCGCCAUCCGGAACGACCAGGAGCUCGGCAAGCUGCUCGCCGGCGUCACCAUCGCGCACGGCGGCGUGCUUCCCAACAUCAACCCCGUGCUGCUCCCCAAGAAGACGGCGGAGAAGGAGCCCAAGUCGCCCAAGAAGGCCACCUCUUCCCCCAAGAAGGCUUAGUCGGUUACUGUCUAGUGAUUCCUGAUAGUAGUAGUGUCCUGUUUGGAUAAUGAUGUCGAUGCAGUAAUGUUCUGUUCAGCUGAGAGAAAAAGAGAGUCAGAAAUCUCUCUGACUUGCAGUAAAUUCAUUCUCUGUUAUAUGUCUGUUCAUGAUUUUGCAAUGCUAUGGAGUUUUA